UGGAGAACGGAGUUUGAAUCCUCACUCCUCCACUUGAAGCCAGCUGGUUGACCUUGGGUCAGUCACAGCUUCUAGCUCUCUCAGACUCACCCACCUCACAGGGUGUUUCUUGCGGGGAUAAUAAUAUACUUUGUAAACCGCUCUGAGUGGGUGUUAAGUCAUCCUGAAGGGCGGUAUAUAAAUCGAGUGUUGUUGUCGUUGUUGUUAUUUGGUCUUUAAGGUGCUACUAGACUAGAUUCUUGCUCUGCAUGUGCACAGAGGCGCUGUGGCUGGUCCUGUCCCUUCUCUAGUCAGUUUCCUUCUAGUCAGUUUCCUUUUCUAGUCAGUUUCCUUUGCGCUUCCGCCGGCAGCAGCUGGUCAAUUUCUGCGCGCCUCUCUCAGCCUUUGGGAGGUGCCCAAAGCAAGCCGGGAAUCCUUGGCCGGGGCUCCAUCGGGCACUGAUCCCCCCCCCUCGUGUUUGCAUCUUUCCAGGUCCCACCCCCUGCCCGGGAGGUUUCUGCUGGUGUCAGUUUCAGGGCCUCCCCCCCCCUUCCCCUCUGGGCUACAUAAGGAAGAGGCAUGCUCCGCGGGCCGAGCCCGGCCUGUGCCUGCGCUCCCGUCCUUUUGCAAUUGGGGGGCGGGGGACAGGGGGGUGCUAACCACCAGCCAUGCUUCAGCAAGAAAGCCAGGGCGAUGCGGCACUCACACGGUUAACUCUGGAAGCAGCCGUGGAUCCCGGGAAGAAGCCACAACAACCCGUUAAGGGGAAUUCCCCUUUGCCGCUACACAGGAAGAUCUGUUAUGCCAUCGGAAGUGCCCCAUACCAGCUUACCAACAACGCUCUUGGAUUUUUCUUCCAGCUCUUCUUACUCGAUGUUGUUCAGCUCGAGCCGUUCCUUGCAUCUCUGAUUCUUUUCCUUGGGCGAGUCUGGGACGCGGUGUCGGACCCGGUCGUGGGAUUUUUGGUCGGCAGGAGCCCCCGCAGGAGAUGUGGCAAAUUCAUCCCUUGGAUCGUUGGCUCCACACCUUUUGGGGUCUUCUUCUACUUCUUGCUCUGGCUUGUCCCUACUGAUGCCCCCUCCGUGUCACUGAAGUUAAUUUGGUACUUGGUUAUGUACUGCUGCUUCCAGACGUGCAUGAGUUGUUACCAUGUAUCAUACUCCUCACUAAAUAUGUUCCUGGGAGGGAAUCAAAGAGAACGGGACUCUGCCACGGCCUACCGGAUGAGUGUGGAGGUGUUGAGCACCCUCGUCGGAUCAGGCAUCCAGGGCGAAAUAGUUGGCAGCCACCACGCAAACAUGAGGAAGACCUGUGACACCGAGAACGGCACCCUGGCGAACGGCACCUUUCUGCUCACCCACAUGUUGGAGAAUACACGCAGGUCCUACAUGGUGGCCUCCGUAGUGCUUGGAUCUCUCUAUUGCAUUUCCUGCCUGGUCCUCUUUUUGGGAGUGAAAGAGCAGACAGGCCCCCUCAGCCCCUUGGGGAAGUCCAAGAUCCCCUUCUUCAAGAGCCUGCGGAUCAUCCUGAGCCACCGACCUUACAUCUGGCUUCUCGGUAGCUUCCUAAGUGCCUCGCUGGCAUUCCAGCUUGCCCAGGGGAUUUUUGCCUUCUUCUGCACGCAUGCAGCCGGGCUGCCUGACAGCUUCCCGUACCUGGUUCUCAUCCUGCUCGUGGUCGCCUGCCUCUCUAUCCCCUUCUGGCAGUGGUUCCUGGUCAGGUUUGGGAAGAAAACAGCUGCCUUUGUAGGCAUGUCGCUCUUCAUCCCGCCCGUCAUCGUCAUCACAUUAGUAACCCACAACUUCCUGGUCUUCGCCUUCAUGGUUGCCCUCGCGGGGUGUAGUCUGUCUGUUCUCUACUUGUUGCCGUGGUCUAUGCUUCCAGAUGCAGUGGACGACUUCAAGCUCUGCAAUCCCACCUGCCUCAACCUGGAAACCUUUUUCUAUUCCUUCUAUGUGUUCUUCAACAAGUUUGCCGGGGGAAUUACUCUUGGCGUUUCGACAAUGGGCUUACAUUUUGCAGGUUACAAAGCCGAAGACUGUGCACACAACCCCCAGGUCAUCCUCGCACUGCGGAUUUUGAUGGCGCCUGUUCCCAUAGCCCUGCUGCUCUGCGCCAUGGUCAUGUUCUGCUCCUACCCCAUCAAUGAAGAGCGGCGGAAGCAGAUCCAAGUCGAGAUGGAGGCUGCAUGCAGCCUUCGAGGACAGGCUGAAAGCCCGGAGUAGGAGACAACUUAAGCUCCUUCGCCCAUCUGGAGAAAAUGCGAUAAAGUGCUCACGCCUGGCUGCGACCGAGAAAUCAGCGCUGUUGCGGGAAAGACCUUGAUGCUUCUUGCUUCUGGUUUCUGUAUUGCAAAGGACAGAUCUUGGCUGUCUCUCUUGGCGCAUGCAGGGAUGCUCAAGAAAGCUUGCUGGCAACAAAGAAAGGAAUCUCACAGGGCUUGCCACUCCAUUGGACAGUUUCUUCUCAAUGUGCAGAGGAUGCUGUGGCUUUAACCGACAGAUCAACUGCUAAAAAAAGAUCUCUUUUUAUUGGAACAGAUCAGCAAGAGAUCGCCAAAGGUGGCUGUGGAGUAUCCUUCCUUGGAGGGAAGGUUGAACAGCUACCAGGAAAGCUCCAUAUAUCAUCCUCUUCUCUAUGAUUCAUAGAUGCCCCUCACUUUUAAGGGCCAAUCACAGAGACUGUGCGGAUGUGCAAUUUCAACAUGUCCCCAACACUUGGGAUCUGGGUGUCCGUGCCAAAGGUGUUGAACAGCACCUCCCCCAUACCAGGUCCAUCUCCAUAUCACCCUUCCCAAAUAUCCACCUAUAUAGCCCAUCGGAUAGGCAGUCAUUCCCUCUCAGCCUAACCUACCUUACCAGGUUGUUGUGCAGAUAAACUGGAGGUAGGAAGAACCUGACCUUGGAGGAAGGAUUGAUAAAAAUGUUUUUUUUAAAAAUAUAUAUAUAGUGUGUGACCUUUCCAAAGCACUUUGUCAUAAUGGAUUUCAGGAGUUCGCUGAUUGGUGGGUGCUGUUUUCGAAAAUUAAACGGGGAUCUCUGCACAGUUGUUUUGCUAACACCAAAUAGAUGUCCUUGUCCACUCCUACCCCAUGAUGUUAUUUGUGUCUUGAGGCAGAGGGUUGCAGUGUAUUGCUAAAGCAUAUACAUUGCAUGUAGGAUCUCUGACUAUAUUUAGGUAAAGAGGAUGGCAAGGACCUCUGUCUGAGAAUAUGGAGAAGUCCAGCCUAGCUGAGUAGACAAUCCUGGGCUAGUCGGAUGCCUGCUUGAUACCUAAGGCAGCUUCACAAAGUUCUAGUAGUUGGUCACAGCAGCAAGAGUUGAACGACCAGGCUUUGCCAAGCCCCGACAGGUACCUAGCAAGACCUUCGCAUAGGAUCCAGAUGGCCAGAUCAGCCAGUUCAAGGAAGAGGGCAAUCUUUCGGGCUAAACAGAGCAAGACUUUCCUAUCAAAGCUAAAUCUAUUUUGUUGCUUUAAAAUAAAAUGCAUCAUUUAUAUCA